GGUGAAUGAUUCCAUCUUAUCAAGCAAGUAGUCUAAUAAAAUCCAAUUUUCGCACAUGGAGACCAGGUCCAAGCUAUAAUGCGAACUGUUCUAAUAUUAAGGUAGAGUGUUUCCCUUUCCUCUCGCCCAGUAGGUGGAAUUGAAAUCAUUGCAUUGCUGGCUCAAUACUCAACGAUUUUUCAAUAUGCGAAUCCCUCCACCUCAGAUUCUGUCAACCUUUCCACAACCGAACUACAUCGACCCAGUAACUAGAGGACCCGUACUUCUCAUAAUAACCGUCGUUUUUCUUCCUAUUAUAUACAUUGUGGUUGGUCUACGAACCUUUACACGGACCCAUCUAUCCAAACACUUUGGUAUUGAUGAUGUAUUUCUUCUAAUCGCUCUCGUCCCGACUACAGCCUGCGCCGUUAUUGCACUUCUCGCCCAAGAACGUUGGAAAUGGAACCGUCAUAUCUGGGAUGUUGCACCAGAUGACGCUGAGUUUGGACUCAAGAUAUCUUUACUGCUGGAGUGUUUAUUCGGACUUGCUGUUGCAUUAACGAAAAUAUCUUUGCUUAUCUUGGUGAUGCGGGUCAUGUCCAGGGGAACAGGCUUACUUAAACAUCUAGCCAUUGCUAUGAUUGUGAUAGUAGCAUGUGAAGCAAUUGCUUUUGAUGUGGUUAUUGUCAACAAUUGCAGCCCCGUUUCAGACUACUGGAAAUUAUCUAACUCACCUCAAAAUUGCAUCGAUGAACGAACACAUUUACUUGCAAGCGCAAUCAUUAAUACUUGCUCCGAUUUCUUUGUUUUCUUCUUACCUAUACCUACCGUGUUUAGCCUUCCCAUACCCUUUCGUCAACAAUUCAUGCUUUUCCUCCUCUUCGCUGCUGGAUUGGUUGUCUGUGCUUCGGGUGUUGUUAGGAUAUGGUAUAUACACGCUACAUAUUCAUCAUAUGAUAGGACUUGGUUCUCGUAUCCAUUGUGGAUAUCUAGUGUAUUGAAUUUAUACAUAGGAAUAAUAUGCACCGCACUCCCAGCUACGAAGCCAUUCUUCUCCACAUUUCUUCCGUCUCUAUUCGGGCAUAACACUCAACCUUCGGACGAAAGUCUAUACAAAUUAUCGGCCCAUAACCCUUCCAAGGCUAGAAUGCAUCCAUCUCACAACGAGUUCAAACCCGAAGAAUCUUUCAACAUUGGCGACAUAUCAGAUCCAAUGGCUGAAAAUACGGAGAUUCCCGAUUAUGUGAGGAGAUCCAGACAAAUGCUUCCGCUAUCAUAUUUGAGUUUUCAAUCAUCAAAUCGACGAUCAUCGAAUCAGCGAUCAUCACUACAAAGAUCAUCAAAUCCACCAUCAUAUCAUCAUCAGUCUUAUCAAACUUAUAACACUCGAGAUAUGGAAUUUGACGAAGCAAGCCUGAGUAUUGGCUCAUACUUAGGACGGAGAUCCGCUCGUUUAACCCAGCAAUCGGAUAGAACAUAUCAAUGUGACCGCUCAAGUAUAAAUACUUUUGUCACCGAAGAACCUGGAUCGCCACACUCAUCACGAUUCGCCAGCAGUUUGAUGGAGGUUCCAUAUUCUUAUAAUCAAUUUGGCAGAGCACACGAAUUACGUCCGUCUGAGAGUCAAGACGUCCUGAUACAUGCAAGAUAAGAAGUAAUGACGAGUCAUACACACUUGUGUGUGAGACAAAUCAUCUCAAAGCCUAAAGAAUUCCUGCAGAGAAUUCUAGAUUUGGGACACUGCAACCGCUCGGUGAAGAGAUCUUUUAUCACGUGAUCUAAUGCAUAAUCCUAAUUAAGCUCCUCAGGAUCUUCUAUGCGACGUUCAAGGGUAUGAAAAAAUCGAUGCGGGGUUGUAAUGCAUUAGGACAAUUUGAACCGCAUAAAAUCGGUCAAGGUCAGAUGUUGCGUUGUUUUUCACGACAAACUGUUUUCCCUUUCAUACGAACCCGCCCACUUUAUUAGACUGGCGGGGAAGAGAGUUGGUAACAUUGUCGGUGAACGGAGGUUGCGGGUGUAAUGCGCAAUAAGAAGAGUUUUGCAGGAUUUUCACGCUCAUGUCAUGACCACAUGAACAUGAAGAUGAAGAUAAAAACACCUGGUAUCUACCGGCUAAUGAAUGGACUGUGCUGUGAUGGUGGGCGAAUGAUGAACAUUUGGGAAAUAUGCUGAUCUUUGUAUCUUCACUUGUGAUGUAGGAAUAUCAGAUGACUUAAUAAUCUAGGAUCUAUGUAUCCGAUCAUCUUUUCUCAAAUUCAGCUGAUUAAGGCAAUUUAGAUAUAUACCUGACUA